AUGCAGCAGAUGAGUCACCAACUCACUUUUUGUAGUGUUUGCAACGUGCGGUGUGACACAGAGAAAAUGCUCAGGUUGCACCAGGGAGGUAAAAAACAUCUUUCCAAGUGUAUGGCUCUCACCGGCUCAAACACAUGGGAUCAUAGUAAUCCAAUAAGGAUUGCUUUGCCAACUCUUUCAACUCCAGAAUCAGUUUCACCUCAAGGUUCACAUUGGAAUGUAAAUUUUUGUUUACCAGAAACUAUGUUGAACUCUACGUCCAAUGUAGAAUCAUCCUUCGAUAUUGAUUGUGAUGUGAAAUGGACAGAACCAAGAUCAAACCAAUCAUCAUCAUCAUCGUCAUCAUCUGGAAUGGAUUUCUUUUGCAGCUGUUGUGAUGUUAAAAUGAACUCUUCAGCUCAAAUGGCUUCACACAUUCUCCUGUCAGAAGUGCUACAGCCAUGUCAGAUGAUACCGAGUCGGAAUCAGUUUUUUUAUCGUUGCGACGAUUGUCAAGCUGUACUGUUCACUUCAGCAAAAGCAGAACAUUUGGCCUCUGCAGAGCAUAGAUCAAAUGCUUGUGGCAGAAAUCGUAGAGCAUUGUCUAUCGGUCCAUCUGUUAAAAAUGUCCUUCACUUACGCAAAUACCAACGAUCGUGUCGAGAGGCUCUAACCCCUGUGUGGUCGUCAGUUACGUUUACUGGUUUGGAGGCUCGACUUCUAGAAGAAGCAGCAAAAGGUGAUGAUGAUUGUGUAAUACAUUUAGAUUCACUUGGUGGUGGUCGAUCACGUGUUGGUUUACAUUUAGCGCAUGCUCUGUUAGCAGCCAAUAGGAAUCCUUCUUCUACUUCUUUUCUCGAUAAUCCAUCGAGUAAAUGCAUGCCUACAUGUAUAGUAUGGAUUGUUCCUACAGUGCAAGAACCUUCGAGCGGUUUCUCUUCCGUGUUUAAACUUCUUCCAAAUAUUGAGGAAAGUUCUACUGAACGUCGACUAAUAUUUGCGUAUCCACCGUUGGACAUGGAAACAGUAUUCCAAACUGAUGUCAUACUCACAAGUCCUGAUUCCUUUGUCAAGUAUGUAUCCAAGUUAGUCAUGCAACAAAGAUUUGUUUGUGGCAUAAUUAUUGAGAAUGUUGACUUGGUGUCAAAGGAUAGAGAAUUUGUUAAGCUACUUUGUAAUUAUCUUCAAGUCUACACCGAUCAAGUCAAUCGUGGUCGGAUUAUUUGCUUUAAUGGAAAAAAAGUGGAAGCUCACAGCAUUUUUUCAUCCUUUACAGUCUAUAGUUAA